UACCACUUUCCUGAAAAAGCAAAUUAUUUUUGCAUAUUCCAUACAGUUGCAUAUAUGUGCAAUAUUCCUUUCUCUAUCAAACAAGCAAAUUGCUUUCUUAAAUGCAGGAUUUGUCUCUCUCAUCCCUUUCGCCAUUGAUGGUUAUGAACCCCUGAUCUCUUAUUUAACGCAUAAAUUUUAAAUUAUGCAGCCUCGAACUCUCAAAUGCUUAGCUUUUGCCGAGUUAAAACUUCUCCAGACUCUGUUCUGACUAUAUGAAGUUUGCUUCCUUUGAGAAUCAGAACACUCUGCUCUGCCUUUCUCAAAUUCUCACUGUUUGCCAUUCCUUUUUCCUUAUGUUGAUGAGAAAUCUCAUUUUGGGUUGGCGUGUCUCCUCAAAAGAUAUUCCUUUUGCCGGCAAAUAAUUAAUUUUCAGAUCCUUUGAUAUCUAUAUUCCCCGCCGUCCGGAAUCAAAUAGUGUUUUCUUUGAAUUGUUUCGUUUCCUGAGAUAAGAAUGGCCUCUGCAAGUAACCCAGUCCACUUUUCAGUUCAAAGACCUCGAGUUUCAUCGCUUUAUUUGCUAACUAGAAGAAUUUCGAUCAGCCAUGGUUUGUUUAAAGCUCGUUCGCUUGAGCCUAAGGACUCAAGUUUGGCGUUUUCGCCAUUGUCGGAGAAUGGGAAGCAUCUGGGAAUUGUGCAUUCUGUGAGGCCGUUGGGGUUGGACAUGUUUGGUUGGAAUCAGCAUCUGAAACGACGACGUUUGGAUGAAUUUCCUGCUGUUGCUGCGGCAGCUGCAGAUGCUGAUGGUGAUGAAAUCAACAUCUCUGAUGGGACUGUUAAGGCUACGAAGAGUUUUGGUGAGAGAUUUCCUGCGUUGGUUACUGGUUUCUUUUUCUUUAUGUGGUACUUUCUAAACGUGAUUUUCAACAUACUCAACAAGAAAGUUUACAAUUACUUCCCGUAUCCCUACUUUGUUUCUGUUGUGCAUCUCCUUGUUGGUGUGGGAUAUUGCCUUGUUUCCUGGUCUGUAGGCCUACCAAAACGUGCACCUAUUGACAAGGAGCUCUUGGCAUUAUUGACUCCAGUUGCAUUUUGUCAUGCCCUUGGUCAUGUCAUGUCCAAUGUAUCAUUUGCAGCCGUUGCUGUGUCUUUUACCCACACCAUAAAAGCUCUGGAGCCCUUCUUCAACGCUGCAGCUUCCCAGUUUGUCUUGGGCCAUCAGAUUCCAUUGUCUCUGUGGCUAUCCUUGGCCCCGGUUGUUAUUGGUGUGUCAAUGGCAUCACUCACUGAACUGUCCUUCAACUGGACUGGGUUCAUAAGUGCGAUGGUUUCAAAUAUAGCGUUCACUUACAGAAGUAUAUAUUCAAAGAAAGCUAUGACAGGAAUGGACAGCACAAACGUAUAUGCCUAUAUCUCUAUCAUUGCCCUCUUCUUUUGCAUUCCCCCAGCAAUCUUCAUUGAGGGUCCUCAACUUAUGGAAUAUGGUUUUAGAAAUGCUAUUGCAAAAGUAGGCCUCUUCAAGUUUUUGUCUGACCUGUUUUGGAUUGGAAUGUUUUACCAUCUAUACAAUCAGCUGGCUACUAAUACUUUGGAACGUGUUGCACCAUUGACACAUGCUGUUGGAAAUGUAUUGAAGCGAGUUUUUGUCAUCGGGUUCUCUAUAGUGGUUUUUGGCAACAAGAUAUCCACCCAAACUGGCAUCGGCACUGUGAUAGCAAUAGCAGGCGUUGCCAUCUAUUCUCUGAUCAAGGCAAACAUGGAAGAGCAAAAACGGAAGGCUGCUGCAGCUGUUUCAUCAUAAGGCUCGACCAUGUUACGUCAAUGCAAUGGCAGACGCAAGUCAUGUGAAUUGUAUUAUAUACGGAGGCGUAUCAAUAUUAUGCAUAGAACUAAUGCUUCAGACUAGCCAAGCUUUUGAUGUUGAAUAGUGCCAUGAAAAUAAAACCCCUUAAGAAGAACAUUGGAUUAUGGAGCAUAUCCAUUAAGAAAUAUGGGUUUGCAUUUUACUUCUUC